UAAUAUUACUUCUCAUAAUUUUUAACGUUAUUAAUAAAUCAAAUAUUUUUGAAAAUGAACAUUGAAUUAUUAAUCUUGAUAAUUUUAACUAAAAGUAUUUUUUUUGGAGUUGGAAUUGUUGAUUGUCGAGUAGAUUCAAAAGAGUAUAAAUCAUAUUUCAUACAAGUAACGCAUAAUUUACGUUUUCAAUUAACAAUGAUGAACCUAGAACACUUAUCAGUGAAGGUUGAAAACGAUAAAAUUAUUAGCAUAGAAGAAGUUCUAAAUUAUAACUUGGUAUAUCUAAAUGAAUUAUCACAAACAUAUUAUAUUAUAGUUGAUUUAAUUAACUAUUUAUUUGUUGAAGUUCUACAAAUAUUUACUGAACACUUAAAAAUCAUUUUAGAUGAUUGUAAAUGUUUUUUUGAAAUAAAUUCAUUUGAAAAUGCAAUCUACUGUACAGUAAUACUUUUAAAUGCAGCUAAAAAUUCAAAUAUGAUGUUUGAAUAUUUAUACAAAUCUAUAACAUUUAUUGAUUAUUUAGAUGUAAAAUCAGCAUUGAAAAAAACAUUUAUUCAUCCAAAACUGGUAGUAGAAGAAAUUUAUACAGUUAAACACUAUACAUUUUUAAUGGAAGUAUCAGAUAUGCAUAAUUAUGUAAAUAAUGAAGGAAGCAUUAAAAUAGAAGAAGCUAAAGAAGACUACUAUAAAAUAAUGAAUUUCGCGAAUAAAGUAGUAUCAAUAACACAUGAUUUUUUUAAAAACAAUGUUAGUAUUAUAAAUAAUACAAUGAUGUUUAAUUUACGAGAAAAUUACUAUUAUGAAUACACAAAUAAUAAGUAUGACAUAAAUUUUAUUGAUUUUAUCAAUAAAAAUUUAAAUGAUUACUGUAAAAAAACCAUUAACAAUUAUUAUUCAAAAAUUGGGUUCCAUCAGUUACUUAACCCUAAUACACCUGAGCUCUCACCCCCUCAAAACAUUGGUUUUCCUCAAUAUAAAAUAAUUAAAAAUCUAAAUAUUUUGUUUCGUGAAGGAAAUUGGAAUCUAUUGAAUCAUAUAAGAAUAAUAAUUGAUGAUGAAUUAAUAACUACUAAUCGAAUAAUUAGAGACACUGUGGAUGACUUUAAUUUUAAUUUAAAAAAAAAAUACUUUACACAGCUGUUAAGGUGUAGAUAUACUGAAGUAUUAAGAAAUUAUAAUACAUAUAUGUCUGCUGUAAUUCAAACGUGCAAACGUGAAAAACGUAAUGCAAAUUUAAAUAACUAUAAAGAUUGUAUUAUUUAAUUUUUGGACGCGGUUAAAAAUUCAAAAGAAAUGUUUAAAUAUAUGUUGUUAGCUUUAGAUAAAUUAAAAUCUGCAUUUAUUUGGGAAAUUAUGUAUCAUUCAGAUGCAUGUUUAAUUCAAAUUUAUAAUUUAUUAAAUAAUUUUUUUCCUAAAAUUGAUCAGCUUAAUUUAACAAAAAAUGAUUUUGUCAAUCUAUCUGAUAAUGAUGUAAAAGUAAGAGCCAAUACAUUCUUAUUCGAUUUUGAAUAUGCACGAAGGAAAUUUAAUGAUGUUCUUAGGGACAAACACAAUUAUUUCAUGAAACGUUGCUUGCUUGAAGGUGAUGUUUUAGAUGAAAGUACAUUAAUAAAUUCUUGGGAAAUUAUACUUUCUUCAAUGAAUUCUAACAAUACUUUCGUAAAUCCAAUUGUUUUGUAUCAAAUUGCUUUGGAUCAAUUUAUAAUGUUUCAUAAUGUUACUAUUACGAGUGAAUACUAUUUUCUAGGUUUCAAUAAAAUAAUUAAUCAUCAAUAAUGUAAAUCUUGCAUUUUAUUUUAUUUUAAAUAAUUAAAUUUGAUAUAUAAUUAUAUCGUAUAUGUAUAAUAUAAUAAAUAUAUA